AGGUUCAUAAUUCAGAAUGUUUCUUGAUAAUGAUCAUUCUAUAUGUUAUUACGGAAGCCAUUGCUGACGGCAGGAUUGAAGUAUGCUCAUUUAUAUUGGUACUAUGGGCCUCUCUUAAGGUGAUGGCUUUUAUGUGAUUGGUGGGAAGGGUUUCUGGUAAGGAAGGGAAAGCAAUGUGGCGUCUUCUUUUGAUGAUAGUGUUUUGGAAUAUUUGGGGGGAGCGGAAUAAAAGCUGUUUCCAAGAUAGGAAAGGUUCAAUGGAGGAAAUUGUUCGGAAAGUUGAGGAGUUGGCUUGGCUUAUCAAGGACAAUUUAUCUUGCAAGCAUGUUGUUCUCUCCAUAGAAGAAACCUUGAUUGAUUUCCUUCAGAAUGAUACGAGUCCAGAUGGUGUCCUGGAACUAGAACCAAUGAGUUCGUACCACCGCAUGCUCUUGCAUCGCCUUGCAGAUAUUUACGGGUUUGCACAUGAAUCAGUUGGUGAAGGAGAUGAUCGCCAUUUAGUUUUGGAGCGAUGCCCAGAUUCAUCAAUACCUUGUGUCCUUGUUAGUGACAUAUUGUGGCAGUAUGAUGAGUAUCAAUCUCCAGCUACAUCACACCAAUUACUAAAGAGGAAAGAAGAUUUACCAGCUAGUGUUAUUUCUGAGGUUGGGUCUGCCGUUUUGCUUCUCUCAGACUUGAAGAUGAAGCAGGCAUGUUUUCCAGCUUCAGCACCACUCGAGGAGAGAGAAGCUGCAUAUCUUGCUGCUCGUGAACGUAUCUUUUCUCUGGAUGAGAGUAAGAUGAAGGAGCCUUUCAUUCCAAAGCAACGGAACAUCCCAGUGGUUGCUCGCCGGAUGAUUGCACAUGCACUUGGCCAGAGGAUUUCUUCUAGUUCGCCCAACGAACAGCCGACCUCUCCAAACAGUGAUGUACAUGGCUCCGAUGUACUUGGCACUGCGGAAAACAACGAAGUUCAUUCGAGUUUAGGAGGGAGAGCUGCUCGUGAAUCUGUCAUCACAUCUGGCCAAAAUUCAAGCAUGCAUAGAAAGACGUGUGAAGGACCUGGAAGCAUUUGCUCUGUAAGUAGUGGGUCCCAGAGUAAAAGGAAGACGCAGAAUAAGGCACGUGCUGGUGAUAUCUCCAUCAGUAGCAAUGUGGUGCAGAAUGUAAGUGGUAGCAAGGACAAUUUGGAGCGGGAACAUUACGGAGCUGCAAAGAGGAUGUUUGCACAUGCCCUGGGCCUAUCUUCAGCCAAGAAAAAAUCAUAAGCUUUUGAAUUGAAGAAGAGAAGUCUGGCAUAGUCUAAUGAGAAGCACAUCAUGCUGACCUAUAUCAGCAGAAACAUGGACGAGCAAUGCUUUUGAUGAUAAAAACUCUCAUGUUAUCCAAGAUGCGUUACUGCUCAUUUCACCUAUGCAUUGUGUCUGUGGAGAUGUGCCUGUCAAUUGCCUGGGUGAAGUUGGCAUCAUAAAAUCUGAUGGAAUGUGCUAGCCGAGGGAGAGUUUGAGCGAUCCAAACCAACUCUUGAAAUUUUGGUAAGCUUGUUGCCAGACCAAAUAGAUGGUUUGAGAGCUAAAUCCAUCAGCAGAUUGAUACUGAAAGAGAAAUCAGUUGCUUGCUUGGUUCUCUUUUCCGCAUUUAGUUUUCGCAUCAUACAUUAUUCAAACAGAGCUGCCGCCUAUAAGACUGCAAACAGUGGGACCAGGACAAUGAAACCACACAUCCAUUCUGGAGCUGUGCUGGAAGGUUUAAAACCACCCCCUUUGAAGUGGUGUCCGUAAAUCAACCGAAGGUACCUUCGCUUUGAUAAAUUGAAACUUAUGAUACUCAUCAAUGGAGUUUAAUGUAUUCUGUAAAAUAGAUUACUUGUACUUGAAAGUGUAAACAAGCAACUGAGAGCUGUGUGAUUUUGAAUAGAAUAAUCAUGCAUUCAAACUAGAAUGUUUCUGACA